AUGACCAACGAGAAGCUUGAUAUUAAGUCAAUUGCAAUUAUUGGAGCUGGCCCUGCUGGAUUAUCUACCCUUUAUGAGUUUCUUCAUACAAAUAAAGAUGGUUCAUCAACAAUCACAAAUUAUUCAAAACCAUUAGGCCACCCAAAAAGUGAAGCUAAUGCUUUUGAUAAAAUAGUUGUGUUUGAGCAGAAAGAUAGCCCCGGUGGUAUUUGGUCUCCGGCUACUAUAGAGUCUGAUUUACCUAUUCCUCCUCAGGAAAUAUUGGAUACUGAAUUGUACAGCGAUCCCAAAUAUAUCAGACCUUCGAAUAAAGUUCCCGCUGGCAUUGAUGGCGCUAGUUUUGAUAAGCCUUUGAUUGUGGGAAAAGAAGAAGAAGAAGGAAAAGAAGAAGAAGGAAAGGCAUUGAUUGAUGAAUUGCAAUGGAGCAGAUCCGGUAUAUUUCCAUUUUUAUUCACCAAUAUCCCACAAAGAUUUACUAGAUUCAGCUACUUGCCCGAUGAGGCUAUAUAUUAUGAUACAAAGCGAAAGAUUUAUCCUUUCAUGACUCAUCAGGAAUUGACUAAACGGUUUGAUGAGUUUAUUGAAAAGGAGAAUUUACUAGAAUAUAUCAGAUUGAACUCUACCGUUGAGAAGGUGACCAAAAAUCACGAAUCAGGGAAAUGGGUAGUGACAAUUAGACAGAAAGGGGGUAGUGAGAAUGCAUGGUAUCAAGAGACGUUUGAUGCUGUUGUCAUUGCUAAUGGUCAUUAUACUGUGCCCUAUUUUCCUCAUAUAAAAGGUCUUGCAGAAUAUAACAAAACUCAUCCAGGAAGACUAAUCCAUGCAAAAUCAUUCAGAAACACACAAGAGUUUAAGGAUAAGGAUGUGUUGGUUAUUGGUGGUAGUAUAUCCACUGUGAAUAUUUUGCAAUAUAUUGUUCCCGUUGCCAAAUCAGUCACCGACUCCAAAAGAGGUAAGCACUUGGUGUUUGAAUUUAUCAAUGAUGCGUUAAUCUCUGAAGGGAUUGAACCUAAACCUCCCUUGGAGUACAUUGAUCCUAAAACUGGUGAGUUUUAUUUUGCAGAUGGUCUGCUGGGAAAGUAUGAUAAGGUUGUUUUCUCAACUGGUUAUCAUUACCAUUUCCCAUUCUUGUCCGAGGACGAUGAGGAGGAAUACCUCAAAUUGGUUAACCCUGGUAAUUUAUCACGUGUUGGUGGAUUAUUCCACCAUACAUUCAGUCAAAAAGAUGCAACAUUGGGCACGGUUGGGGUCUGUGUAUCGCAAUUGAAUUUCCAUACAAUUGAAGCCAGCUCGGCGGCUCUUGCUGGUGUCUGGUCAGGAGCUAAGAAAUUGCCUAGUAUACGCGACCAACAAGAAUGGGAGACGCAACAAGUUGGGGAAAGAGGAGACUCUCUUUUAUUUCAUUACUAUAAUCAUCACGAUGCAAGGAAGUUUGUUGAUUUAUUGAAGCCAUUUUUCCCAAGGGGAAGAUAUGAUCCAUUGGUUAAGGAUGGAGGGUAUGUUGAAGAAGUUGAUGUCGGUGGUCUCUACUUGAAGGAGUUGUUUUACGGAUUGAAGGAGGGGAGAAUUAGAGUCGAGGAGACGAAUUGGGUGAACAACAAUGGAGAUAUCAGUAGUGAAGCCCCUGGUGGAGGGGCUAGUAAAGAAGCCACUGGUGGAGAGGCUAUUGGAGAAGCCAGUAGGGAAGCCAUUGGCGGAGAGGCUAGUAAAGAAGCCACUGGCGGAGAUGCCAGUAGGGAAGCCAUUGGCGGAGAUAUCAGUAGGGAACCCAUUAGAGAAGCUGUUGCUGCUGUUCACGCCUAG